GUACAUCCGUGGUCCAAUUAACAUAAAAGCCCAUUAAGAGAUCUAGCCCAUAACACACCUGGCCCCAAUUUUUACCGGGUAAUAUCGAUAACCGAAAAACAGAGCCUGCGAUUUAAACAUAUCAAAAAACGGAAAAGUAACUUCUCUCGAACUACCUUCUGAAAUUUCUUCGAAAACGACGCAAGCAUUCAUACACGCCGUAUUAAAGCUCGAAAAACGAUGACAGCCUCCAGACAAUUGUCAACUUCGCGGAGUUGUUCGUAGAGUUGCAGAGCAACGACAAGUUAAGAACAGAGGAAGAGUUUGAGCAGCAAGUUGUUUCUGUUUGAGCAUUGAAGCGAGUGAUGGACCUACUAUCCGAGUAUGAGAUGAUGAAGAACGCAGAUAAGCAUGAAACUCCAGAAGGAUCAGAGAGGAUUUUAGAUCCACGACCUAUAAGUGAGAUCCCAGUGCUGCGCUCAAAUCCAAAAAAGAGAGUAAAAAAGACUUCCAAAGUUCCACAGAAGCAGAAGAAGAUGAAACCAAAAGCAAUUCCAAAAAAGGAAAAGGCUAAUAUGGACUUAAUAAAACAAAUUGAAGCUGAGAUAAAGAUGAGUGAUGAAGAAACAAGGGUUGCAGAAGUAAGGAAGGAUAGCACUAAGAAGACUGAGCAUGUUGGAGAACAAUCUGAGAAACAAGGGAGGGAUACUGAGCACCAAGGGAAAGAAACUGAGCACCAAGAGAGGGAAACUGAGGAGCAUGUGAAUGUUGAAGAAACAAGCAAAGGUGGCAGUAAGAUGACUGAGAAUGUUGUAGAAGAAUCUGAGCACCGAGGGAGUGAACCUGAGCAGCAAGGUAUUGAAACUGAGCAACAUGAUAAUGUUGAAGAAACAAGGAAUACUAGCAGUAAGACAACUGAGGAGGUUGGAGAAGAAUCUGAGCAACAGGGAAGGGAAAAUGAGCAACAAGGUAGGGAAAUUGAACAAAAUCAGAUUGUUAUAGAAGUACAACAAGGAGCUGCACAGAGAAAUAAUGAGAAGAAAAGAAAGAGAAAUAAUGCAGGCUCAAUUAAGAAAAGUACAGAACAAGGAAAUUCAAGCAAAGAGAAAGAGAGUGAGGAAGUUAGUCCAAAAAGAAGAACUACAAGAUCAACAACUUCAGAAGCAACUGAAAAGAAAAAUGAUGAAGUUCAGAAAAAGAAGAAAGAAGUUCAUGCAAAGAAGAAAAUAACAAGGGAAGCAGAUUCAAUAAAAGAGAAGAAGCAGAAGAUAAAGAAGAAGAAAGCAGAAGAAGAGGAAGAAUUUGAGGAGGACGAAGAGGAGAUAGAGAAGGAAGAGAAUGCAAAAUACCCAAAGCUGUGGACAAGAAUGUCUCCGAGUAGUAUAACAGAAAUAAUGAAAAAUCUAAGUGCAGAACAAAAGAAAGAGGUGGUUGAGAUGGGAUUUGGCCCCUUACUGAACCUUGAAGUGAAGCAAUUGCCAAUGCAGUUGGCAUAUUGGUUGCUGGACAAUUUUGACAGCAGAAGUGUGUCUCUUCUUCUGCCAAACAAUGAAAGGUUGAGGAUUAAUGAAGAUGGAGUGCACGUGACAUUGGGAUUUCCAAAAGGAAAGAUUAAUGUGAAGAAUUUGAUUGACACUGAAUCUGAGAAUACUUCACACAUGGUGGCUAAUUGGAGAUCACAAUUUCAGACUGAAAAUGGAGUUGUGAAGACUGCUCAAGUGAAGAAGGUUAUAGAAGAAAACAAAGCAGGCGGAGUAUGGUUUAAAAAGAAUUUUUUGGUUCUCCUGGUAACAUGUUUGAUUGAAGGGAAGCAAAAUUGCCUUGCCAAUCAAAGCAUUCUGAAGGCAUUGCAGGAUGAUUCAAAAAUCAAGGAUCUGAAUUGGUGUGGAUACACUUUGGAAACAUUAAUUGAAGCAAAGGACUAUUGGAGCAAAAAUAGAGAAAGACAGUUCCCAGGGCCUUUAUUAUUUCUGAUUGUGUUCUAUGUAGACAACAUUGUGUUCAAAGGCAGAAAAGUGGACAGAGCAUUGCCAUCUAUUAUUGGCUGGACAACACAAAAGCUGAACAAACGACAGAAGGAAGAAAUUGAAACUGGAGGUUUUGGAUACGGAUAUAUAGAUGAACCUAACAAAGGGGAAUUGAUAGUUCCAAAACUGAUCACAAAUGAAGAAGAAGCUGAAAUCCCGAUCGAGGGAAACAGUAAUCAGGAGCCAAAGAAGGUAAGGACAGUAUUAUGUAAUUUUAAUAGAAACAAUUGGGUAAAUAUAUAAAUGAUAAGUAUGAUAUGUAGAUAUGAGUAUUUAGUACAAAGUAAUGAGUGC